AUGAUGGGCAAGAAGGAAAUUCCUGCCCGCGGGGACCUAGUUGACUACAACCACACUGUUGCUGGCCAUGCAGGAACCAUGUGCGACGCCGACGGCGAGCUGUUCAUCAAGCCCUGCACGCAGGCAGAGAUCGAUUUCUACAACUCGGCCAACGAGAACCACGCCGACUUCGCCGACCUGAUGCCCCUGUUCAUGGGCACCUUGAUGCUCAGCGACUCUGCCGAGCUUAGUUCCAUCGAAGACGGCGUACCCGGCCCCGUCGCAUCAGCCGCUGCCAAGGAGGAGCUGACCCAAUCCGUCACGGGACAGCCCAGUAUCGCGCAAGAGUCGCACCAGGAUAAGGAGAAGUGGGUGCAGAACAAGUCGAAAAGAAUCAAGACGGACCAGGCUGUCGUGCUCGAGAACUCGGGAUCUGGCUUCACGUCGCCCAACUUUCUCGAUGUCAAGCUGGGCGUGAGGCUUUGGGCCGAUGACGCGCCCGCCGAGAAGAAGCGGAGGUUCGACGAAAUCACGCGCAAGACGACACAUGGCCCCCUGGGCUUCAGAAUCGCCGGCAUGAAGGUUUGGCGCGGUUCGACCCUGAAGUCGGAGCUCGACCACGAGGACUACAAGAUCUACGACAAGGACUACGGUCGUACCUACGUAAACACAGAGAACGUCGUCGAGAACUUCCGUAGGUUCAUCUUCAACAAGACCGCCGGCAUCGACGACGAUUUGGCCCGUGCCGUGGCCCAAGCCUUCCUCCGUGACCUGCGCAACGUAGAAGAGGUCCUUUCUUCGAACGAAAGCAGGAUGUACUCGGCCAGCCUCUUGUUCGUUUUCGAAGGCGACGGCGACAAACUGAAGGACGCCAUCGCGCAGAACAACACGGCUGUCGAUAGGGUCGAGGCGGUCGAGGCCUUGGUUGGGUCGAGCGAGAAGCCCGGUAGACCUGCCCUUAGAGUGGAUAGUGGUAUCGAGCUGAUCGAUGAAGACCGCGUGACCAUUGAUGCUGCCGUCAACGGAGGCGACGACGAAGACGAAGACGACGACGACGAUGGCCCGACACUUCCCAAGAUCUAUUCCCUGAAGCUCAUCGACUUCGCUCACGCGCAGUGGACGCCCGGCCAAGGCCCUGACGAGAAUGCGCUCAAGGGUGUACGGAGUCUGAUCAAGAUUUUCGAGGAGCUGGUGCAAUGA